CACUGUCCGUUUUGCUCCUGCUUCUUGUCGUCGUUGCCGUUGUCUCCAUCUUCUCUCGGACCUCCGUUCCCUUCCUCGCCCACUGCGCUCACCUUCUCCCCCGUAGCGGGCUGCGGAGACGCGAUGCCCACCGAUGGCAGCGGCGGCUCCGUCAACCUUUCGGACUUCAGCAGCGACGACCUUCUCGGCACCGGUUCCUUCUGCGACGUGCUGCGCUGCUCGGACAGCAAAACUGGGAGGUUCUACGCGAUGAAGAUGGUGCCGAAAAAGAUGAGCCCUGUUGACCAGGCGUGCGUCAUGGAGGCGCACUGCCUCCGGCGCUUGGCGGACUCCCCCUGGGUGGUGUCGCUGCUCCACGAGUUCGACGGGCCGCUACAGUGGGUUGGCAUCCUCGAGCUCUGCGAGGGCGGCGAGCUGUGGGCCCUGGUGCAGCAGUGCGGCUGCUGCGCCCCGGGGGAGUCCGCCUGGCUCGCGGCGCAGAUGGUGGAGGCGCUCGCGGCGGUGCACGACGCGGGUAUAGUCCACCGCGACGUCAAGUGCGAGAACUACCUCCUCGACUCCGAGGGGCGGGUCAAGAUUAUCGACUUCGGGACCGCCCGAGACACCGCGCAUCCGGAGGUGAAGCCCAUGGGGAGGGCCUCGUCGCGCCCGCGGGUCUGGCAAAGCCCCCCGCUCAGAGGGCCUCCCAACCCGUGCUCCUGGGGCCGCAGUACGAGCACCACGUCGGGACCCCGAACUUCAUGGCCCCCGAGGUGGUGCACGGCAGGGCCAACGACCGGAGGAGCGACCUGUGGUCGCUCGGGUGCGCGGUGUACCAGCUCGUCGCCGGCGCGCCGCCGUUCGGCGCGCGGUCGCCGUUCCUGGUGCUGCAGAAGGCGCAGGCGGGCAGGCUGUGGCUGCCGGAGCGGGGCUGCAGCGCCGAGGAGAAGGACUUCAUCCGGAGCCUCGCGCACGCCGAGCCGGACCGGCGGCUGGGCGCCGGGCAGACGAGGGAGGCCCUGCAGCACGAGCUCUUCAGGCAAGUGCCGUCGAGCGCACCGGGGAGGAC